AUGCAAAACCACCGACCAUCCAGUCGCGGUUGCACACGAACACCACACGAGCAGAUCAGACAGGAGAGCCACCACAGCGAUGACAUGGUCGGAAGCGAGACUGCGAGGGAGCUACGACAGGAUGUGAUCCUAGGGCUGGGCUUCUUGCUCCUCGCCGCGGCGUCGCUGAAGCGGCUCCUCACCAGCGCCGGGCAGCGAGGCUCCGAGACCGUGAUCACGACCUUCUACUCCCUCAUCCUCUUCACAUCGGUCGUGCGAGCCACCUGGUUCUUGAUCCCAACAGAGGUCCUGCAGCCGACUUACGCCCCGUCGACGGAGUACGCCUUCAAGGGCGACUGGCUGGGGACGUACGUGUCGGAGGUUAUGCUGUUCGUUGGCAGCUUGAGUCUGUUCAGCAUCUUCAUCCUUAUGGCUAUAUUCUGGGCCGACCUGCUCAAAGGGAUCUUUAAGGAGAGCGGUCGACCUUCUCGGCCGAUGGCGUCCUUCAUGACGGUAGCGGCGGCACUCGCCGCAGCGGAAGGCGUUAACUCGUGCCUGUUCUUCACGAGGGUUUACAGCAGCCAGGGAAUGCUCAUGUUUGAGAGUGCUCUGCUGUGCAUGUUGUCGUUGGUGUGCAGCGUGGAGAUAUCCCGGUUCUCGCACCGCUUUCGAACGGUCCUGAGAACGCUCGGCGCCGUCAACCAGAUAUCGACGGAUGGCCAAGUGACGCGCAUCGUGAGAAUAACCGUAACCGGUAACGUGUUCUUCGCGAUUCGAGCCGUUUGCGAGCUAGCGGUGGGCCUGACGCUCUACAUGCAUUUCAAGCAAACCCACUCUUUCAACAUGGUGUUCAGCAGCUGGGUCUGGGACUGGUACGUGGUCGUGAAGCACGUCUCGGAGUGGAUGAUCCUGUUCGUGAUGCUGUGGAUACUGCACGACCCCGAGGAAGGGGGGUCGUCGCUGGGAUCUGAUGAGGGCAGCCAAGGGCUUGCCGCGGCGGAAGACCCCGAGUACUGGGAAAUGCCCCCGGAAGCCGAUGGCCAUAACGGGUGUGCGGACGAUGACAGUGGCGGUGAUGCGACCUCGCAGCUGACGGGAAACGGGCGUGAUCCCGAGGCCUAUGGCACAUUGUGAUGUGCGAAACCGACUUCCAAAUUGUCUUGUCGACCCUUUCGCUCGUGUUCCGAAUCGGUCGGCCGCAAUUUUUGUUCGAUUUUGUUCUUUCUGUAGACAAGGGGUGCACCUUAGACCCCAGUUACACACGCGGCCAGACUUUUGCAUGGGCGUCCCGUUGUCGCUUUCCAUUUUUUUUCUCACCAGCCCCCUAUAAUAGUCGGCCUUUGCACCCUCAGGUCGUUGUAUUGUUAUGAAAUACCGAGCCUUUAUUUUUUUAGGCUUGUAGAUACAGUAGUAGUUGAACUUCUUUCCGAGGGUCUCCGAUGACUCGUUGUAACUAUAGGUUUUACUUGUUUUGUUUCUUUGGAACGCGUUUGAGCCCCCAUGGGAGAGCUACUGAAGUGCACCACGUGCCCGCAAUUAUCCUAAUUUUUUUGUAAACUUCGGCGCUAACAUCUGUCCUUGGCCGGCGGGUGACCUCAGUCAAGGUCGAUGCUUCAAUUUUGCCGAGCUACUACCUUUCCUCUGUCCGGAUUAUUUUUCCGAUUGGCUUUUCUACCCUCCUCUACAUUUUACCGAGAUGCGGGAAACCCUAGCGCUCUGCUCGGCCGUUUGGUGACCUGCG